CACACUUGGGAAGAUGCUCCAGAAACACGAAGACUUCAGUUAGCCUGCAAUCGAGAUUCCUUGGUAUUUGGGCUUUCUAAGAUAGAAAAAAAAUCUCUUUCCUUUUAAAAUAUUCAAAUCAACAAAAAAUAAAACUGAGAAAUCAAGCCUCAUGAGUUCAGAUACAGAAGUAAACAAAAGUGCCACCCCGACUGCAGAGGAACARCCGGAUGAACCUGAUGGCCCCCUUCCUGGCUCAGCCAGGGACCAAGAAAAAAAAGUAAAAUUUUCUCCAGCUAAAAUGUCAACCAAGAAUUCUACAGAUCUAGUUGAAUAUGUUGACAAGGGCCGUCCUUUUCUUCCCAUCAUCCAAAACACCCAGAAAAGUCAGCUGGAAGACAGACUGAACAACCAGGAGCGCACCAUAGCGUUCCUCCUUGAACAAGCCUUCCGCAUCAAGGAGGACAUCUCUUCUUGUCUCCAAGGGACCCACGGCUUUCGAAAAGAGGAAUUACUUGCCAGGAAGUUACUAGAAAGCCAUAUACAGACCAUCACUAGCAUCGUCAAAAAACUCAACCAAAACAUUGAGGUCUUAGAAGACCAAAUAAGAACUCGAGAUCAGGUGACCACAGGAACUAAUUUCGCAGUGCAGGAUCUAAACAUCAAACACCUGCAAGGAGUUGGAGACCUUCGGGGAAGAGUAGCCAGAUGUGACUCAAGCAUCAUGAAGCUUUCUGGAGAUAUACACUUCAUCAGGAACGAGUACCGGCAAAUGGAGAAAUCAAUUCAAGACCUCUUGUCUGCCCUAGAAACUGUUUCCAAGAACUUGGAUAUGAAGGUAAUGCAGCUCUUAGGAAAGAUAGAGUCUUCCACUUCUGAGCAAACCUCAAAUUUAAAGAUGAUCCAGGGAGAUUAUCGCCAUGAAAUGAACCUUUUGGAAUUCAAAUUCAAUUCACUUUCAAAUAAUCUGUACGAAGAACUUGAGAAUAAUCAAAAAUGGGCACAAAGUGAGUUUAUCAAACACAGAAAAGACCACCUGAGCCAUACAAAUGAAUGUCUGAUGGUCCUGCAGGAGAAACUGGAAAAGUCUGAAAACAAAAUGGAAGAAAAAAUGUUGCAGCUUUCAAGCAAAUUAGAAAAUUUCAUUAACUCACAGAAACAGGAAGCAGAACUGAACAAAGUAAAGUUUGUAGAAAAUAAAUUGUCCAAAAAGAUGAGUCAAAUGGAAAAGCACGUCUGGGGUGAACUAGAGAAAAUGCAGAAUGAAUAUCAAUCAGGAUUUAAAUCAAUUCAUGACUCUCUCAACUCCCUCCAACAAAUACAGAAAACAAAAAUGGAUCUAGAGAAAUAUAAAGUACAGAAAGACAUAAAGAAAUUAAAGCGUAAGAUUGUGGAACUCCAGGAGGUAUAAAACUUUCCGGUCCUUUUCUUUUUCACAUGCUAAUGGAGCAAUCUGUUAGAAAUAAUUGUGAAUAAGAAAGUUAAUAUCUCUAUGGUUCUUACUGCUUCUAAUGUCUCUGUAUCUCUUACCACCAUUUAAGAAGAUGAAUGUACCAGGGAAAAACAAUAAAGAAGCUU